AUGAACAACCCCAUGAUUAGAAAAAAUCAACAGGAGAGAUCAGAGUCAGGGAUUCUCAGUUGUCAGUCUUCCCAGAGUCAUCAAACAGACCUGGCCUCCAUAUUCAGUUUGCUUGAAGAGAAAAUUAUGACAUUUGUGAAGAACGAGCUGAAGAUGUUCAAGAGGAUUCUUAGUCCAGAACUCCCAGAAGGCUUUGAGAGUCAGAAGCAGGAUAAGGAAGUGGUGGAUGCUGAAGAUGAGAAGCAGGAGAGCAGUGCCAGAGAGGGGGCUCUGAAGAUCACACUGCACAUCCUGAGGAAAAUGAACCAGAAGGAGCUUGCUGACACACUGGAGAAAUAUGAUCUUGCUGUGAUUUGCCAACGUGAACUCAAAUCUAAUCUAAAGAAGAAGUUUCAAUGUGUAUUUGAGGGUAUCGCUAAACAAGGAAACCCAACACUUGUCAAUGAGAUCUACACAGAGCUCUACAUCACAGAGGGUGGAACAGGAGAGGUCAAUAAUGAACAUGAGCUGAGACAGAUUGAGACAACAACCAGGAAACAAGCAAGACCAGAGACUGCAAUUAAAUGUAACGACAUCUUCAAACCCUUAACUGGACAAGACAAACCUAUCAGAACUGUGCUGACAAAGGGAGUCGCUGGCAUUGGAAAAACAGUCUCUGUGCAGAAGUUCAUUCUGGACUGGGCUGAAGGAAAUGCAAAUCAGGAUGUCCAAUUUGUAUUUUCAUUCCCUUUUCGGGAGCUGAAUUUGAUGAAAGAGGACAAACACACUUUCAUUGAACUUCUCAAUCACUUCUCACUGGAAACUAAACAAUCAAGAAUCUCCAACUACGACAAGUACAAAGUUGUGUUCAUCUUUGAUGGUUUGGAUGAGUGCCGACUGCCUCUAGACUUCCAGAAGAACAAGAUCUGUUGUGACGUCACAGAGUCAACCUCAGUGGAUGUUCUGCUGACAAAUCUCAUCAAGGGAAAUCUGCUUCCCUCUGCUCUCAUCUGGAUAACUACCCGACCUGCAGCAGCCAAUAAGAUCCCUUCAGGGUGUGUUGACCAGGUGACAGAGGUACGAGGGUUCAAUGACCCACAGAAGGAGGAGUACUUCAGGAAGAGAUUCAGGGAUGAGGAUCUGGCCAGCAGAAUCAUCUCACACAUAAAGACAUCAAGGAGCCUCCACAUCAUGUGCCACAUUCCAGUCUUCUGUUGGAUUUCUGCAACAGUGCUUGAACACAUGCUGAAACAUAAGAGAGAAGAGAUGCCCAAGACUCUGACUGAGAUGUACACACACCUUGUGGAGUUUUAUACCAAGCAGAAGAAUGAAAAGUAUCUUGGGAAAGAAGAGACAGGUCCACACUGGAAUAAAGAGAGCAUUAUGUCACUGGGAGAACUGGCUUUUCAACAGCUUGUGAAGGGCAAUCUGAUUUUCUAUGAAGAAGACCUGAAGGAGGCUGGCAUUGAUGUCAAUGAAGCCUCAGUGUACUCAGGAUUGUGCACACAGCUCUUUAAAGAGGAAUGUGGGCUGUACCAGGACAAGGUGUACUGCUUUGUUCAUCUGAGCAUUCAGGAGUUUCUGGCUGCUGUAUAUGUGUUCCUCUCAUUCAUCAACAACAAUGAGAAUCUAAUGGCCGAACCGCAAUCAACAUCCAGGAAACUUUCUGUGCUGUUCAGAGACAAGCGUAAAGUUACUGUCUACAAGAGUGCUGUGGAUAAAGCCUUACAAAGUGAGACGGGAAACCUGGACCUUUUCCUCCGCUUCCUUCUGGGCCUCUCACUGGAGUCCAAUCAGAAGCACUUACGAGGUCUACUGACAAAGACAAGAAGCAGCUCAAAGACCCAUAAAGAAACAGUCAAGUACAUCAAGGAGAAGAUCGGGGAGGAUCUCUCUCCAGAGAGGAGCAUCAAUCUGUUCCACUGUCUGAAUGAACUGAAUGACCAUUCUCUAGUAGAGGAGAUCCAAAGCUACUUGAGAUCAGGAAGUGUCUCAAAACCCAACCUGUCACCUGCACAGUGGUCAGCUCUGGUCUUUGUGUUGCUGACUUCAGAAAAGGAGCUGGAUGUGUUUGACCUGAAGAAAUAUUCCAGUUCAGAGGAAGGUCUUCUGAGGCUGCUGCCAGUGGUCAAAGCCUCCAGAGCUGUUCUGUUUCAUCCAUCAGAUGUUUGUGAUCUCACACUGGACCCAAACACAGUAGACAGACUCCUCUCUCUGUCUGAGGAGAACAGAAAGGUGACAUGUAGGAGAGAGAAGCAGCCGUAUCCUGAUCACCCAGAGAGAUUUGAGGACUGUAGACAGGUGCUGUGUAGAGAGGGUCUGACUGGGCGCUGUUACUGGGAGGUAGAGUGGAGUGGGAGUGGGGCUGUUAUAGGAGUGACAUAUAAAGGAAUCAGCAGGAGAGGAAGGAAUUAUGACUGUUGUCUUGGAUACAAUGACAAGUCCUGGAGUCUGUUCUGCUAUGUCAACAGUUACAGAGCCAGGCACAAUAGUAAUCCCACUACCAUAGACGUCCCCCCCUCCAGCUCCCACAGAGUAGGAGUGUAUCUGGACUGGCCAGCCGGCACUUUGUCCUUCUAUAGAGCCUCCGACACACUGACCCACCUGUACACAUUCACCUCCACUUUCACUGAGCCCCUCUUUCCAGGUUUUGGGGUUGAUUAUGACUCCUCAGUGUCCCUGUAAAUAAUAACCUGACACA